AUGCCAGCAGCAGAAGUCCUUACUGUAGAAAUAGUUAAAUUUGUACAUGCAUUAUUAGUCUCUAUACCCCAGUAUGUCUUGGGUUCCUUAUCUGCUAUAGCGAUAUUAGGGGCCACACCAGUGGGUGGUUUUAGGGAGAAGCUCCGAUGGAUAUUUCUGUGCCUGGGGGCACCUAUAGAGGGACUCGUUUAUUACUGUAAUGUAAAAAACGAUGCGAUAAUUAUGAGCACAUAUUGGCUCGAAUAUGAUCACUUUAAAUCAAUUGAUUUUGAAAAUAGUGGAAUAAUAGAAAACAAUGAUAAUAAUAAUGAUAACUAUGCGAAAGAUAAUAAUAUUAGGUUGGAAGAAAAAAAUAAUAGCAAUAAUAAUGAUGAUGCAGCGCGAGAUAAUAAUAGGUCAGAAGAUAAUAAUAAGAAUGGUGAUGAUAUUACUAUUACAUUAGAAAGUAUUAAUCCAGAAAUAAGUAGUGUAAUACUCAACUAUAAGCUUUUUGGAUGGAAUACUAAAAUAAUGGAGCUCACCCCAGAACAGAAAGAACUUAUGAAAGGAUGUGUGGCUGAGGCAUCAAUAUUAGAUCGCCUUAGUUACAUGGUAUCCAUUUAUUACAUAGUAGUAGGGAUAUUUGCGGGGAUAAGCAGGGCAAUCGGACCAUGUAUCAAAGAGGAAUGGCCAUAUAUACCACUAACAUUGGCUUGGACUUUGCCAGCUAUUUUUAAGAAAGUGGUGGGGGGGAUAGUGGUGGUUCACAACCCAAAUAAAAAGAUCGUUGGGAAAAUAAUAGUAAAAGAUUCUCCAAUGGAUAGAAGAUAUAACAUUAUUGAGACUGGUUUAUUCUCGAUCAUAGCUCCAUGGCUAGCAGUGAUUUUAGCCUAUUUCACAAACCCAAUCGGAUAUGGAUCAUUUAUGCUACUUUCGCUGGUUCUACUUAGUAGUUCAAGGCCAUUAUGGGUAAAAAUUUUUGGAGACCUUUGUGCUGAUCCAACAACACCUUGUUUGAGCAUGUCAGAUAUUGUAAACAAGUAA